AUGUCCGUCCUCCCCCCACAAAUCCGCCGCUUCGUGUCCGUCUCGUACCCUGUCAGCGGAGGACUAUAUGAUAAGGGCCGUGACGAUGUGCUCUUCGCAGCGACAUGCGCAGUCGUCUGGACGAUCCUCCGACACGUUUGCAUGACCUAUAUCCUAGCGCCGCUCGCUUCAGCCGUCAUCCCAGAAGAGAAGAUUCCCAAGAGCGCAAAAGGCGCACUUCUCCGUCACGAGCAACGGCUGGCCGCAAAGCGACGGGGGCACAACAUUAUUCGGUUUGCGGAACAGGCAUGGGGUAUGCUUUACUGCACCGUCUUCUUUGCGCUUGGUGUGAUCAUCCUCCGGCGUAUUCCCAACGCACUUAGCCCCGAGCAGGUAUGGGGCACGUACCCUUACACACCCCUGCCGUACCUCACAAAGUGGUACUACCUCGCACAGCUCGGCUGGUGGUUCCACCAGGUUUAUGCCAUCAACACCGAAAAGCGCCGCAAGGACUACUGGCAGAUGUUUGGACACCACAUCCUCACCAUUGCCCUCAUCGUCAGCUCUUACGCAGCAAACUACACCCGCGUUGGUGUCAUUGUCCAUGUCAUAAUGGACACAGCCGACAUCUUCCUUCCUCUCGCCAAGCUUCUUCGGUACAUGGACCUCCGCCAGGCAUGCGACUGCGCGUUCGUCGCUUUCCUCCUCACCUGGAUUGUAACUCGGCAGAUUGGCCUCUUCCUCGUCAUCCGCAGUGCAUACGUCGAAGGUCCAAAGUACAUUCCGUUCAAGUGGGCGCACGAGGAGGGCAUCUACUUCACCAAGCCGAUCUACUACAGCUUUGUGGUGCUCCUGAGCUUGCUCCUAGCGCUGUGCACGGUAUGGUUCUACAUGGCGAUCAUGGUCGCUGUGCGCGUCGUCACCGGCAAGGGCGCCGAGGACGUGCGUUCCGACUCGGAGGAGGAAGACGAGAUCAGUGUCGACGGCGACGAGAGCGACGCGUCGAGUGUCGCUGGUUUCAGCAAUGGUACCAACGUGAACGGUACCAACGGGGUGGCUAGUGGGCGCGCCACCCCUAACGGCAAUAGCAACGGGUACGCCAAUGGACACGCAUACACGAACGGGUUCACCAAUGGCCACUCGCCGGCGUCGAGCCUCGGGUCCGCCAACGGCCUCAAGCAGCGCAAGUAG